GCGCCGAUAUCCCGUCGGUGAUGUAACGUAAAGUGCGAGUGUCUACAAAAGACCAAAAUUUGCCAUGGCUUACAGAUGUUUGGGCUUCGGAAGAAGAGGGGAGAGAGCUUUAGUACGCCUUCUACGCUCACAUUACCCUAAACUUUCUAUGCAAAAUAGCAUUCAAGAAUUUCAAAGUCUCUCUCGGACUUCAAAGCUAUCACAAAUAUUAGCAGCUUGGAAUAACUCACUGGAGCAGUUAAAAUAUGAUAAACCACCUAAAGGUUUUGAAAAAUUUUAUCAAAAAGAUAAAAAGAAAGGCAUACCAGUGAAGGAAAAUGAGAAAGCUGAUAGCAAAUCCCCAGAAAAUCAGCCACCUGAAGAUAAACCAAAGGAAUCCGAAGAGAAGUCGAAGGAGUCUGAAGAGAAGGCAAAGGAUUCUAAGUCUGAUAUUGACAAACAAAUGGAAAAAAUGGGUUUCAAACCUUUUAUCAGGGUUGGAGGACCUAAAGGUUUUGGUGGAGGUGGAUCCUCUCAAGGCAUGAACCCCCAGGAACAGAUGGGUCUUGGAGUCCUUUUUGCUGCAGUCCUAGCCUUUGUGCUGUUUAAACAUUUUGAUGCUGGGAAAGAAAUAACAUGGAAGGAGUUUGUGACUGAAUAUUUGACUAGAGGAACUGUUGACCAUUUAGAGGUAGUGAAUGGCAAGUUUGUGAAAGUAAAGCUUAUCCAAGGAACAAAUAGCACUCAAGAGAAUGUUUGGUUUUACAUUGGAAGCGUGGAGGCAUUUGAACGCAACCUAGAGCAGGCAGAGAUAGAUUUGAACAUGGAACGGUCAAAUUUUGUGAAUGUUCUAUACAAAAGUGAGGUUGAACCGGAAAGGCUCUUUUCAGCUUUAUUUCCUGUCCUUUUAAUCGUUGGAACAAUGUUGUACAUGAGGAGGCUGACCGGUGGCCAAAUGGGAGGCCGGCCAGGGCCUGGGGGGAGAGGCGGGCUUGGCGGAGGAAUGUUUGGUUUUGGCAAGUCCACUGCUCGCCUCAUUAAAAAAGAUGAGGUGAAUGUGAAGUUUAAUGAUGUCGCAGGCUGUGAAGAAGCAAAACUUGAAAUCAUGGAGUUUGUUAAUUUCCUGAAGAACCCAAAGCAGUAUGUGGAUCUGGGAGCCAAAAUUCCUCGUGGAGCCAUUUUGACUGGUCCCCCUGGGACAGGUAAAACCCUGUUAGCCAAAGCUACUGCUGGUGAGGCCAACGUUCCCUUCAUUACGGUGUCCGGCUCUGAGUUCCAAGAGGUGUUUGUGGGGGUUGGACCGGCUAGGGUGAGAGACAUGUUUGCCAUGGCCAGGGACAAUGCACCGUCCAUUUUGUUUAUUGAUGAAAUAGAUGCAGUGGCUAGAAAACGCACCGGCAGAAAUUUUGGCGGAGCCUCGGAGCAGGAGAACACUCUGAACCAACUUCUGGUGGAAAUGGAUGGUUUUACUACAGACACCAAUGUUGUGAUUCUGGCUGCCACAAACAGAAUGGAUGUCCUGGACCCUGCUAUUCUACGACCAGGGCGCUUUGAUCGCCAGAUCCACGUAGGGUCCCCAGACAUCAAAGGAAGGGCCUCCAUUUUCAAAGUCCAUUUGGCAAAACUGAAGACCAAUUUGGUCAGGGACGACCUAGCAAGAAAGAUGGCUGCACUCACUCCAGGAUUUUCAGGUGCUGAUAUUGCCAAUGUCUGCAAUGAGGCUGCCCUGAUUGCCGCCAGAGAUCUCAACACCUCCAUAGAGAUGACACAUUUCGAAAAGGCCAUUGAACGAGUCAUUGGAGGACUGGAGAAGAAGACCCAGGUACUACAGCCAGAAGAGAAGAAGACUGUGGCCUAUCAUGAGGCAGGACACGCUGUGGCUGGAUGGUUUCUAGAGCACGCCGACCCCCUGUUGAAGGUUUCUAUAAUUCCCAGAGGCAAGGGUCUUGGCUAUGCCCAGUAUCUGCCAAAGGAACAGCGGUUCUUAUUCCAGAUAAUGGACAGGAUGUGCAUGACCCUGGGGGGCAGAGCAUCAGAGAGCAUCUUCUUCAAAAGGAUCACCACCGGAGCACAGGAUGACCUUCAGAAGGUCACGCAGAUGGCUUAUGGGAUGAUCACCCAGUUUGGUAUGAGUGAAAAGGUGGGCAACAUCUCCUUCCAAAUGCCUCAAGCAGGAGACAUGGUAAUGAGCAAACCGUACAGUGAACAGACAGCUCAGAUGAUAGACGAGGAGGUGAGGAAGAUAGUAAGCAGUGCUCAUACCAGAACCAUCGACCUCCUGACUAUGCACAAGGCAGAUGUGGAAAAGGUAGCUCUACUACUUCUGGAAAAAGAGGUUUUGAGUAAAGAUGACAUGGUGAAGCUGCUCGGGCCGAGACCCUUUGCUGAGAAGUCAACGUAUGAGGAGUUUGUGGAAGGCACAGGCUCCUUUGAGGAAGAUACCCAGCUACCAGAGGGUCUUAAAGAGUGGAAUAAGGCUAAAGAACCGAACCGAGGGACUGACUCUAAACCAUCCAUGGCUGCUGAGAACUGAUGCUUGUACAGGGGUUUAGGAAAAUAUUUGUACAGUUGCUUUAUUGUUGUCUUGUUUAUACCUGUAUACACCCACCCAAGGAGGGGUUUCUAAAGUCCCAAGGUGGGGCUGUAAAGACAUAAGCUGAUGUGUGGAAAUUCUUUUCAUAUCCAGUAUUGGAAACCUGUUAUGAGCUGGUGUUUCAAGGCUGGUCCACGACAGGAAGGAAAUCUCAACUUGGGUGUUUAAUAAAAAUAGCAUCAUUUUAAACUGAAGAACUCAAAAAAAUGAAAAGGAAAAAAGUGAAAAUAAUACGUAUUGAAUUCGAAAGGGUGGAAAAAAGGAUGUAAAACUUUGUAAUGAAUUCAAAGCCAAAUAGGUUGGAUUCGGGACCUAGGUUUACAAACUGAUUCUAGACUGGGCCUUGAUGUUUGUAACUACAGCAUCUUUAACUCCAGAAGUGUCAUGGUUUCACAGGGUUUAAACGGCAAUGGCGCCUACAUUAUGAGUAACCCCAUGACAGCUGUAGCCGGACAAGAUACGUCAUCUGGAGUACCCAUUUGUCACAGGACUUGCCUACUUCCCAAGACUGGUGGCCAAGUAUGACAGGUGUCUGUCUCUUCUUUGUUGUUAAAGCCGUGAUUCCAGCACAGGCUCACCACGUGUUAUAACAGUCACUGGAAACAUGUUCUGACUUGUGACUUUCAUUGACUGAAAUUAUUUGGUGGUAAGGUUAUUUUUCUAGGAGGAACAAAUAGUAAAAAAAAAAACAAUAAUAUGAAACUAUAAUGUGUUCUGCUGCACUGUUUGUGUAUUAGUAUUAGUAUUAUUAUAUUAAUGAAACUUUGGAUGGACACCUGAUUUUCCACUCAAGCAAGAACUGAGAGAAACUUGAUGAAGACUAUACAAUUUUAUUUAUGGAAAGAGUGAUUAAAAUGAAUGUUAAAAAUAAAAAUUGAGUAUUUUGUGUAAUAUACGGUAGUGACUCGAUGUCAUCACUGAGAGGUGAAUUAACUCCAUGUUACAGGACUGCAGGAAAGUGCUUUUCAAUUUGGUUGCUAUCACUCAGGAAUGCAAUGAUUUAAAGAAUUUGCACAACUUUGGAAAAUACAGUAUCCAUUUCCCCAUUGAAAAGGUGAAUCAUUUUUGUACCUCAUGUUUUGGUUUUAGUUUAAGAUAUCUGGUAUUUAUUACUAAUAAUUUAAGAUUUUGAAAUUAAAUCUUAAAUACAUAAAAAAUAAAAUCUGAAAUAAAAUACAA